AUGACCAAAGAGGAGCCAGAUUCAGCUGCUGUGACAGCAGCAGCUUCAGCUGAAACUGCCUUUAUCCGAGGGGGCUCAGCUACGUCUGAAACUGCUGCGGAUUCCACAGCAGUUUCGCUCAGCGCCUCCACCCCAGCAACUUCAACAAGCGUCUCUGCGGGGUCUGCCGCACAGGCCCUGAGAGCAGCAGCAGCACCAGCAUCUGGAGCGACGGCUUUCGCGACAGCGGAUCUACCCCAACAAGCUCCAGCACCGGCGAAGCGCUGCAAGACUGAAGCAGGUGAUGUUGCCGUCGCCCCUUGUGAUCAGGAGCAGCAGGAGCCUCCACAACAGCCAAACGGUAGGACCGCCGGGGGAGGUCGUUACUUGCUGGCAGACACGUUUCUAGGAGAAGGCACAUACGGAAGAGUUGAAAGGGCGUGGGACGUGGUGCUGAAGCAGCAUGUGGCUAUCAAGCGCGUGAAUUCGGCUGUCAUCAACAGCAGCGCCGGCAGCAGCAGCAACAACAAACAGCUUUUGCGGCAGUGCGUGGGGCAGGUAGGCCUCCAUUUCACAACUAUUCGUGAACUGAAAGUUAUGCGCGAGCUGCAGCCCCCUAAAGGCCAUCUUUAUCCGCAGCAAGAGGAGGAGGAGCAGCAGCACUUGAUGGGCUUGUUGGACGUGUUUACCGAGCACGGCUGCAUUUGCCUUGUCAUGGAAGAGAUGCGAGGUGACUUGCGGCGGAUUCUGGAUAGCAAGACACGCCUGUCGGAGGCGCACAUCAAGUGUAUCGUCUUGCAGCUGCUGCAGGCCCUUCACAGGCUGCACAAGCACUACCUGCUGCACCGCGAUAUAUCGCCCGCUAACAUUUUUGUAGCAGAGGGGGGGAUCUGCAAGCUGGCAGACUUUGGCCUCUCGAGAGCCUUCGGUGCCGUCCGAGAACUGAUGACGGCGAAAGUUGUCACGCUGUGGUAUAGGGCUCCUGAGUUGCUGUGGGGUGCAGACCGAUACGGAGAUAAGGCAGACACAUGGAGUGUAGGAUGCAUUCUGUAUGAACUCCUUACAGGCCGAGCUCUCUUUCCAGGUGCAAACGAUGUCGAUCAACUAUGCCGUAUUUUUUCCCUCCUGGGAACCCCCCAGGCUGCACCCCCCCCCUCGCCAGCGCACGCUCCUUCUGUAGCAGCUGGCACUCUCAGGCCCCCAGCGGAAAGAGGCUACGAGGGGUUAAAUAAGUAG